UUACAUUAAUAUUGACAGACUGUUUUUCAAACUUAUAUACAGACGUAUGUUUAUCACAAAAAAAGUAUUUAAAACCACUUGUCAGUUAUUGCGGUUUAAUAUACUAACGGACUAUUUCUAAUUUCAUCCUUUCUCACGUGGUAGCCGUAUCGGGCAUAAAAAUUCAAGAUGCCAAGAGUACCGCUCGUACAGCACAAGACGUACACAACCCCUAGACGUCCCUUUGAAAAGGAACGUCUUGACCAGGAGUUGAAACUUAUUGGAGAAUAUGGUUUAAGAAACAAGCGUGAAGUCUGGAGAGUGAAAUAUGCUCUUGCCAAAAUCAGAAAGUCUGCCAGAGAACUCCUCACUUUGGAAGAGAAAGACCCAAAGAGAUUGUUUGAGGGUAAUGCCCUUUUGCGUCGUCUGGUAAGAAUUGGAGUGUUGGACGAAUCCAAGAUGAAGCUCGAUUUUGUGUUGGGUUUACGUGUUGAGGAUUUCUUGGAGAGACGUUUACAGACACAAGUUUUCAAACUUGGAUUGGCUAAGAGUAUUCAUCAUGCUCGUGUGUUGAUUAGACAGAGACAUAUCAGAGUACGUAAACAAGUUGUGAACAUCCCAUCAUUUGUGGUCCGUCUGGACUCCCAGAAACACAUUGACUUUGCUCUUACAUCUCCAUAUGGUGGUGGACGUGCUGGUCGUGUAAAGAGGAAGAAUGCCAAGAAGGGCUCUGGUGGUGGUGAUGAGGAGGAAGAUGAAGAUUAAUUUACACGUCUUUGCUGUUAUAACAUGUACAGCUAAUUAAUAAAGAGAAAAACUGA